CGCCGGGAGUUGAAGGUUCCGUCCUCCUCCUUGGCACUCAAAAAGCGGUUCCCUUAAAAAAAAUAAGGCUACGUAACUAAAUCCAGCGAUGCCCCGGCGGAACCUCUGUCCCAUCCUGGGAGAACUGUGCCACGCGUCGGAUUUUGAAGAGCCGAACCUGUUCUGCAAAUUGAGCGUCCAGUUCGGGUCCAGUUGGAAAGUGAUUGAGGGUCACUGCGAGGGACAGAGUGUCGCCAACACGGCCCGCGUCGAUCCUCGGCGGUCCAACUUUGGAACUCCGCUCGAUUUGCACCUGGCCUGCCGCGGAAUCCAGGUUUGGCCAAAGCUGCACGUGGAACUGAUUGCGCUGAACUCGUUCGACAACUUUUGGCCAGUCGGGUACGGCUUUGCGUUUCUGCCGACCCAACCGGGGCUGCACUGGAUCCGGAUGGCCACGUGGAAAGUUUCGUCGGCCAACUCGAAAUCAAUUUCCGAUCGGUUCCCGGCACAAAACUUACCUUGCCACUUCCCACAAUUUAAAAAUUAACAGCAGCACCCCGGAACACAAACUCACAGCCGCGAAAUUAUUUUGACAUUGACAUGUCAAAACGUGAAUCACAAUUCUUGAACUAAAAAAAUACUAAAAUUUAGGAAUUUUUAAGAAGUACUUCAAUGUUCUAAAAAAAUCCUAAAUUUUAGGAAGAAAAAAUUACUAAUUUUUAGGUAUAAUUUGACAAGCU